AUGGAUCAGAUGAACCGCAGUCACCCCCACACUCGCACUUCCGCGACUCCCAGCACGCCAGACUCCCAAUCCGACAUGCCGCCGUUCCAGCCUCAGCAGCGGAAGCCUCGCGGUCCGUACCAGCACAUGGACCAGCGUCCUUGCCUGCUCCAGGUGUACGACACUCAGUCCAGUAGCUUGACGAGGCUUUGCGAUGGCAGCACUAAUGACGAAAAGGAUUUGACAAAAUCUUCCAUUGGCGCCUCUGAACGAGGUGGCAAGAUGCAAAACUGCCCCAUGGCACCUGGUCAAGAUGAGAAGUUCUCGAAUGGCGAGCUCAACCCGAAACAACGAUCAAGCCUUCACAGGGCUCAGAUCUACCGGCCUGGUGCGCAAAGGGCCUGCGAAGAUCAUACUCAGUUUUCUCUCAGCUCUCCUGCACACACGCUGAACCUAACCGACUUAGUUCCCAUUGCUGGUGUUCAGAGUUCACUAGGCUCUCCUGGCACCUCUCCUGAUCCCCCGGACCACCUUGAAUCACUUUUCUAUUUGACAUGGAGUGUGCCGUCAUCCAUCCGAGACCCCUUUACACUUCUUUUCAACCGGAUUCUCAGCAUCCUUACUCCUCCAGGUUCCCCGACGAUCGACGAAUAUGCCGGCUUCAAUUUGUACUUCUCACCCCAGAAUAUCCGCGAAUUUUUGUUAACCUGCACCCAUAUCCAUUCUUAUUCGCCAUUCAUCCAUACACCCGCGUUACGUAUCAUGGAUGCAUACCCUGGCUUGUUGGUAGCCAUGUGCUGCUUAGGUGCCUGCAACUCUGACUUUCUCCCACCAGAUCACGUGCGCGACAUGGUGAAUACUUUCACGUCCGCACGGUUCCGUGAUUGGCUGUCCUUGGACGACUCUACAGGGAAACAAAAGAGUGAUAACGUUGGCGCAGGCAACCCAAGCCAGGAUGGAUGGAAUCCGGAGAAAGCACAAGCUGUUGUCCUUCUCGAUAACUUGAUGAAAUCAAGAAACAUGCGUCAGCAUGCCUCACUAGCUACCACGAAGUACCUUGGUUACAUCAGUCAGCUCGACGUCUCCACUGGCAUGCCAUUUCUACAUGACUGCGCUGGAGGAAAAGCACCUCCUCCGCAACUCCGCUAUUGA